UUGAUUUGCUGAUGAAGGACAUAGGACACCAUGACGGAGAAGGAUUGACUCUUAUGUCUGAUAGGCAAAAGGGACUAUUGGAUGCUAUAUCUGUUGUGAGUUCAAAAGCCGAGGUCAGAUUUUGUGCUAGACACAUAUGGGCUAACUUCAAGAAUAAAUUCAGUGGCACAGCCUAUAAGGACCUGUUUUGGGCAGCACCAAGAUCAACAACUAAGCAUUGGCAUGAUUCUUACAUGGCUGAAAUCAAAGAGCUAAACGAGGAUGCAUAUAACUACUUGAGUGACAUACCUCCUGUUCAUUGGUGUAGACAUGCAUUUGGAUCGAAUUCUAGGUCUAACAUGUUGCUCAACAACCUUUGUGAGACAUUUAAUGCUGUGAUAAGGGAAGCUAGGGAUAAACCAAUAAUAACCUGCCUAGAUUGGAUUAGGAGGUACGUAAUGAGAAGGAAUGCUGAGAAGUGGGAGGGUAUUCAAAAGUAUGAGGGGAGGUUUAUGCCAUUUGUUGAGAAGGUUUUAGCUUGGGUUUAUGAAGCAUCUUUGAAUUGUAUAGUCUGUCCUUCUAGAUUAGAUGAGUGGGAGGUGGAAACUGCUUUUGAUAGGCAUGUGGUAGAUUUGAAGGAGUUGACAUGCACAUGCUUUAGGUGGGAGUUAACGGGAAUACCAUGUCCACAUGCUUAUGCAUGUAUUGUGAAGAAGAGGUGGAGGCCUGAAGAUUUUGUUCAUGAGUGUUACUCAAAGGCCAAAUACUUAGCAACUUACUCGCCUCAUAUCAAGCCAAUGCCCGGGAUGAAGCAGUGGAAGAAAACAGAUUUGCCUCGACCUUUGCCUCCACUGUUAAGGAAAAUGCCAGGAAGGCCUAAGUCACAUAAGAGAAAGAAAGAAGCAGGUGAGGAUGCUGAGGAGAGGUUUGUGAAGCGGGGAAAAAGCCGAAUAACUGCUCAAACUGUAAACAACCAGGCCACAACAAGAGAAAGUGCAAUAAUCCACCUGGUGUUAUUCAGCCCAAGGAACCAGGGAGGGAUCCCUCCAAGAACCCAUGGGUUGUUGCUGACAGAAACAAGAGGGCUGCAAGAGUUUUAAGGAGGUAUAAUGCUGAAUCAGUGACUCAACC